AUGGGACGCCCAAACCCUCCUCGAGACUACUGCAAGAAGCUCCUCCCUGUAGCAAUUGACGAGAUAGCGAGCAAGGAGCCGCAACGGCCAUGGGUGUCGCUCCCUGUGGACGACUGGGACCUGGCCCAGGGCUUUGAAGAUGUGACCUUUGAGGCUUUAGCCAACGCAAUCAACAAGGUAGCACAUGUCAUCGAGGCGGCGUUCGGGCGAUCCUCCACGUUCGAAACCUUUGCCUAUCUAGGCGUGCCUGAUAUCCGAUAUCAUCUCGUGCAGAUGGCGUCCAUCAAGACCGGCUUCAAGGUUCUCCUGUCGUCUCCGCUCAACAGCACCAACGUCCACGCUUCGUCAAUGCAAAAGACCCAAUGUGUCGCACUGCUGUCAGCCAACGGUGCUCUAGUCGACGAUAUCCUGAGGGCUCAUCCGGUUAAACAUGCUUUGAUACCAGAAUUGGACGACCUACUCAGCUUACAGGACCGUGCCACACCGUAUCCCUUCCACAAGACAUGGGAAGAGGGCAAACUUGACCCUUACAUGGUCCUCCACUCUAGUGGGACAACAGGUGACCCUAAGCCGGUAGAAUAUCGGCACGUAUUCUACGGGAAUGCGUGGACUUAUCUGUUCCUGCCGGAUGUCUAUGGACGCGAGCACUUUGUUGACCUGAUGUAUCCUGGCAAUGGUACGAGGUUUCUGCUUACAUCAGCGCCAUUUCAUGCAAUGUCAGCUACCUGCGCUCUUCCGAUGAGCGUCUUUGGGGAGGGCACGUUAUGCCCGGGCUUUAGGCACCGGGCCAUAACCACCGGCGAUAUCCGCGAGUAUCUGGAGUUUGCCAAGGUGACCAAGGCUGCGCUUACGCCUUGGAUGAUGGAGGAUGUCGCUCGCAAACCCAACCCAGAGCGAUACAUUAAGCCAUUCGAGUCUGUGCUAUUUGGGGGUGCCGUUCUUUCACCACUUGCGAGUAGUAUUUGGGCUGAACAUACUCACAUUCAAAAUGGCUGGGGCUGCACUGAGGCUAUGGCUGCAGGCAUUGUCAGAGGGGAUAACGAGGACUGGCAAUAUGUGUACUUUGACACGGUGCAUACCGGUGUGGAAUUUCGGAAAUCAGACGCCGAGUUCUUCGACGAGCACGGGUCACAGGUGCCGCUAUACGAGAUAGUGCUCACCAUGACCGAGGACACAGCGCCUUACGCGAGCUGGCACGUACGACAGGGCAUCACACCCGAGAACACAAAGCCACCGUAUCCGGAAUAUCGGCCUGGCGACCUCUUCACCCCCCACCCCGACCCAGAAAAGGCCGCAUUCGUCUUCAAAUUCGUCGGCCGCACUGAUGAUACCUUUACGCUCUCGACCGCCUCCAACAUCCACCCUGGGCCAAUUGAGAGGGCGAUCGGCGCACACCCCGAGGUCGGCGGCGUCAUGAUAGUGGGUAACCAGCGCCGACAACCGCUCGCGCUGAUCGAAGUUGCCGAGGGCGCCGAGCCUAGCACUGGCCUCAAAGAAGAGAUAUGGGAAUCCGUGAUAGAUGCUGCCAACGCCAACAUGCCUGCACAUGCAACUAUCACGCGGACACAUGUGGCGUUGGUGCCACAUGGCUCACUCGUUCGAACGCCAAUCGGGAAAGUAAUUCGGAGAAAGACAGAGGCCAAGUUUGCGGACGUAAUCAACAGGGUAUACGAUGAUUUUGGGGACCAGUGGCAGGGCAGACAGGGAAGGUUCAGCUCCAUUACGGCGACGACUCAGAUCACACCAGCAGCCUUCUUGACCGGCGUAUUGGCAACGGCUGCCUCCAUAGCAGAGGCCCAGCAUGGCCGCAGGAGGGGGUAUACGCCUGCGAGAUGCACACCGGAGAACGCCGUACAACGCAAGGAAUAUGGCAGCAUGGCUGACCACGAGAAGUUGUCCUACAUCCACGGAGUCCGAUGCCUGAUGCGGCUGCCCUCUCAAUAUCCAGCCGGGGUCGUACCAGGCGCAACCAGCCGCUGGCUUGACUUCACGGCAACCCACAUCGACCAGACUCUCCAAAUCCAUUUUGACGGACUUCUCCUUCCCUGGCACCGCCACUUCAUCUAUCUCGUUGAGCAGGCUCUCCAUCAGGACUGUGGAUACCCAAAGUCACUCGGCAUCCCUUACUGGGACUAUCCACUUUAUCCAAAUCUGGCAGACAGCCCAAUAUUUGAUGGUUCCCACACUUCACUAGGGACCAACGGCCGUUCCACCGACCUCUGCAUAGAGAAGGGCCCCUUCUCCAACUCGACCGUCAACUUCGGGCCCUUCACCUCCAUAGUCACCUUCGACAUCACCCAGCCGGCCAACUGGCAAGAGUCGAAGCCCCAGUGCAUCAAGCGCCAGUUCCUGAACGAGCCCCUCCGCGAAAACAACAACCAGACCAGCAUCGACGGCCUGCUGGCCUCCCCAGACAUCCUCACCGUGCUGCGGUGGCUCAACGGCGCGGACCUCAUGGACGGCUUCACGGACAAGGGCAUCCACGGCGGGGGCCACUUCGCGGUCGGGGGCAUCGGCGGCACCAUGUCCGACUUCUUCUGCAGCCCGCAGGACCCGGCGUUCUUCCUGCACCACGCGCAGCUCGACCGCCUCUGGGCGAACUGGCAGGACGAGAACCCGGACCUGAGGUACACGUACAACGGGACCAGCACCGUCUUCAACCCGCCUGGCGUGACACCAGAGGUGGACAAUUCGACCAUGAUGACGUUUGGCGUUGUUGGAGACCCCAUCACGGUUGGGGAGACGGCGGACCCGAUGGGGAUGACACCUUACUGUUAUGUUUAUUUGUAA